AUGGCUCUCCUCAAACAGCUCUCCCGCAUCUCUCGGAAACCCUUUCGCAUUGCUCCAAUCGUCAUAGGCAAGCGCAGCGUCGGCUCUGUCAGCGCAAUCGACUCGAGCAUAUUCCGCACCCUAUUCGGCACAGAAGAAAUUCGGAAGGUCUUUGACGAUGAAUCUUAUAUAGCGCGCUGCGUCGAAGCCGAAGCGGCCCUCGCACGCGCACAAUCUAAAUGCAAUGUAAUCCCCUCGCACAUUGGCUCGUUGGUCACAGACAAAGCUCUCUCAUCGUCUCUGGACAUGGACCGAUUGCGCAAGGAGACAGAGAUAGUCGGGUAUCCGAUCCUUCCACUUGUGCGGCAGCUCUCUGCCAUGUGCGGCGAGGACGCUGGGAAGUACGUGCAUUGGGGCGCAACGACGCAGGACAUCAUGGAUCUUGCGUCCGUGCUGCAAAUGAAGCAGGGGCUGGGUAUUGUGGAGAAGCUACUAGACGACGUUAUUGCGGUUCUGCGUGGCCUAUCUGUGAAAUACAGAGAUGCACCGAUGGCCGGACGCACACAUCUCCAGCACGCACUGCCCGUGACCUUCGGAUAUAAGUGCGCCGUGUGGUUAUCUGGCUUCCAGCGACAUGCGCAGCGCCUCAAGCAACUGCGCGAACGUACAUUAUUUGUGCAGUUUGGCGGUGCAGCAGGAUCCCUAGCGUCGCUGGGUUCUGGAGAUGACGGCCUGCGUGUCCGCAAGGCGCUCGCCGACGAACUGGGUCUUACGAACCCGCCGAUUACCUGGCAUGUUGCACGCGACGGCGUGGCGGAAAUAACCAACUUCCUUGCGCUCCUUGGCGGGUCUUUGGGCAAGCUCGCGUUGGACGUCAUCAUCAUGUCCUCCAACGAGCUCGGCGAAGUGUCUGAACCUUUCGUGCCCCAUCGCGGAGCGUCCAGCACAAUGCCUCAGAAGCGCAACCCGAUUUCAUCAGAAGUCAUACUCGCCGCAUCAAAACGGCUCCGCUCGAACGCCUCUCUCGUUCUCGACGGCAUGGUUGCGGACUUUGAGCGCGCCAGUGGGCCGUGGCAUCUUGAGUGGGUUGCUAUUCCCGAGAGUUUUGUCCUUGCUGUGGGGGCUUUGGAGCAAACGAAAUUCGCUCUGGGCGGACUGGUUGUGCAUGAGCAGGCCAUGCUGAAGAACUUACAUUCUACGAAGGGGCUGAUUGUGGCUGAGGCUGUUAUGAUGGGGCUCGCCCCGUUUGUGGGGAGGCAGAGGGCCCAUGAUAUUGUGUAUGAGGCGUGCCAAGGGACAAUCGAGAGUGGAGGGAGUCUCGAGGAGGAGUUGCUAAAGAAUCAGGAGGUCUUGGAGAAGAUGGGGAAGGACAGAAUUAGCGAGUUGUGCGAUCCAGUAAAUUAUCUGGGGUCUUGUGGGAGGAUGGUCGAUGAUGUUUUGGCUGUCGACUAG